UCUUUUACACUGCGUGAGAGUCUCCUCUCCUCACCACCAGUCCCUGCUACAUCUGUGGCGACGAACCAAGAGGUCAAACAACAGCAGUUUUACAGCCAGAUCAAGGAGAAACAUGCUUUAAAAACAGUAACCUGUCCAAAGGAACUAAACGCAGUAUUAUAAUAUUCAAUAGAAGCAGCUUUCCAACAGUGGACCUUCCAGACCAGUGACUCUCCACCAUGUUGUCCAGGUUGAGAACAACCUGGUCCCUGAGGCCCUGUGUCUCUGUUUGCAGAUGGGCACACACCAAAGAGAAGGGCAAGCCCCUCAUGCUCAACCCUCGCACCAACAAAGGCAUGGCCUUCUCUCUACAGGAGCGACAGAUUUUGGGGAUACACGGUCUGUUGCCUCCCAAAGUGGAGACCCAGGACAUUCAGGCCAUGCGCUUUCAGAAUAACCUCAAGAAGAUGGCUGAUCCCCUAGAGAAGUACGUCUACUUGAUGGGCAUUCAGGAAAGGAAUGAGAGGCUUUUCUAUAGGGUGUUGAUGGAAGACAUCGAGGAAUUGAUGCCAAUUGUCUACACUCCCACUGUAGGCCUGGCCUGCACACAGUAUGGACACAUCUUUAGAAGACCCAAAGGCUUGUUCAUCUCCAUUCGGGACAAAGGACACAUCCGUUCCAUCCUGGACAACUGGCCAGAGACAAAUGUUUCAGCAGUUGUAGUAACUGAUGGAGAGCGUAUUUUAGGAUUAGGGGACCUCGGUGUUUAUGGAAUGGGCAUCCCUGUCGGAAAACUUUGCCUGUACACUGCCUGUGCCGGCAUUAGACCUGAGAAAUGUCUGCCUGUGGUGAUAGAUGUUGGCACAGACAAUGAGACUCUCCUCAAGGAUCCGCUGUACAUGGGCCUGUACCAGAAGCGAGAUCGCUCGCAAGCCUACGAUGAUCUGAUUGAUGAGUUCAUGGAAGCUGUGGUGGACAAAUACGGGCAGGACACACUGAUCCAAUUUGAGGACUUUGGGAACCACAACGCCUUCCGCUUCCUCAGGAAGUACAGGGAGAAGUACUGCACCUUCAACGAUGACAUCCAAGGCACUGCGUCUGUAGCCCUUGCUGGUCUUUUAGCAGCUCAGAGAGCCAUUGGCAAACCCAUCACUCAACACCGGGUGCUUUUCCUGGGAGCAGGAGAGGCUGCCCUUGGUAUUGCCAAUCUGAUUGUCAUGGCCAUGAUGGAGACAGGGAUGACCCAAGCUGAGGCCAGAAAAAAGAUCUGGAUGUACGAUAAACAUGGCUUACUAGUAAAGGGAAGACCGCAGGAAACAGACACUAACCAGGAGGCAUUUAUCCAUGACAGUCCAGGGAAUGCACAGAGCUUCCUAGAUGCUGUCAACACCAUCAAACCCACAGCUAUCAUUGGUGUGGCAGGAGCUGGACGUCUGUUCACCCACGAUGUCAUCAAGGCCAUGGGAACCCUGAAUGAACGACCAAUCAUCUUUGCCCUGAGUAACCCAACCACUAAAGCAGAGUGCACAGCAGAGGACGCCUACGCACUCACUGAUGGUAGAUGUCUUUUUGCCAGUGGCAGUCCAUUUGGUCCAGUAACUCUGAAUGAUGGCCGCGUCUUCACUCCUGGACAAGGGAACAACGCUUACAUCUUCCCAGGUGUGGCCUUGGCUGUGAUCCUGAGUGGAGUGAGACACAUCAGUGACACCGUAUUCUUAGAGGCUGCCAAGACCCUUGCAGAGCAGCUUACAGAUAAAGAGCUGGAAGAAGGCCGACUUUAUCCUCCUCUGUCCAACAUCAGAGAGGUCUCCAUCCAGAUGGCUGUCAAGGUGAUGGAGUAUGUCUAUGCUAAAGGCAUGGCAUUCCGCUACCCUGAGCCUGUUGACAAGAACGGCCUUGUACGUGCUACUGUGUGGAACACCCACUACGACUCCUUCCUGCCAGACACCUACGAUUGGCCAGGUGUCAGCUUCAGCCCCAAGACUAACGAGAAGUAGAACAGACCCUCACUGUGCCCCAUGUCACAAUGUCACUCUUCCUUUGUUUUCCACUUAACUCUCAAUCACAGAUCUUUUGAGAUUAUCGUAGUUACCUUAGUGCAAACUUCUGCUUAUGAAAAAAGGCAGUAGAAGGCCCUUACUGCUGCCAUGUUACUGCAUUUGCACUAAACCAGUCUUAUUAGAUCUGUCAAAAGGUAGAGUGGAAAGUGGCAUUUGAAAGAGGACAUUUGAAUAGAAGUGGCCAUUUUCACUUCACAUCCCAGUUCUCGAUCCCCUUUGCAUCACGUGUAAACCUGCACAGCACCUGGAGGGCCACCUGGUGGUGGAAAAAGGCAGUGUGGAAAUCUUAUUUCAUUGUUGAAACCUUGAGAUACAUCUUAAUUAUCUAUACUAUGUUUAAAAAAAAUAUAUAUAUAUCAGAAUUCGGUAUAUUACAGUAAAUUACCACUAGACAUUCUGUGUGAUUGACAUAUACUCUAGCAAGCAGAAACCAAAACACCGAACUUGCAUCAGACAAUUUGAACGUUAAAAUGGGUUUUUACAAGACAGUAGAAAUGACUAUGAUUUUUUUGAAUGUGUGUUAUCAGCCACUAUCUUUUUAGUCAUAAAUUACCUGGGAAUGUUAGGAAAUGCCAUUUGUUGAUGCAGAGAUUUAUUUUUUAAGUAGUCCAGUUACUACUAUUCUGACUAUGUGUAGCUGCCUAGAGAUUGCCAAACUUAAUGCACAGGUUUUAACAUGUGGUUUGGACAUUGCCUUUUUUCACAUCAAGUGGGCCUCUGGUGGCUUUACUGAUCUAACCAAUGCCUGGUGUAAGACAUAUGGUUAAAGACUCCUUUUUAACCUAUGCUGAAAUCAGGCUACAUUGGUUAUCAGAGAAGGUCUAGUAGAGCAGAGAGUUAUAAACUAUCCAGCCUUUGUGUUCAAACUAGGAGAGAAAGAGAGGAAACAGUGUAACUCAGGAGAAAUGGAGUGAGUAUUUAAAGGAAAUGAUGCUUAUAUGAAAUGAAGUUUAUAUCUAAAAACACUUGAGAAACAAAUGUCCACUCCAGCAUUUUAUUUGUACAAUUGCUUUUGUCACAUUGUCUUUAUUUCUCUGAAUUUAUUUUAUUUUUGGGGGGUUGUAUUUAGAUGUUCUGUAAAUUCAUUAGAAAUCAUGGUAUCAACACUCCUUUAAUGAGUUGCGGUAAGAAGAAUCCAUCCCUAAAAUGAAUCCUCUUGCUUGUGAUCAAAUUGAAUAUAAACUAUACCCUAAAUAUUAAAUGUAUAGAGUUGUGUUAAGGACAUCCGUGUGUGUGUUGGCAGGUGGGUGUGUGGGUUUAUAUAACAAGAGAACAAACUUAUCGGCUAGGCUCUGUUCACUGCUCUGAUCUACCAUGAUCAUUAAUGAUACAUUAUAACACAGUCACAUGAUCUCAGAUUAACACAAGAAAGAGGUAAAGCUUUGCUCAUGUAAUAAAUCUGUUUUACCUAUAUUUAGGGAUGGAAAUUUAGGUCGGAACAGAGCAAGUUUUCUGGGAGUUUGUUCCAGAUAUGUGGUGCAUGAUGCAAUUUACUCAUAAUUUAUUAAAAAUUCACAUUGUUGGCAUAAAAAGAUAGUGACCAAAUAGCACUGCACACAAACAUCUUGACAUUUGAUCUUUUCAUCCUCACCACAUUCUGAAAAAACAGUUUCUGCUCAUGUUCAUGUCCCAAAAAGAUCAUUACUGGCACUGUUAAUGAACAGUACUUGAUGCUAAAGAGAAAUGGUGCCUACAAAAUAAUCAGAUAGAUUGUUACUGGCAGUAUAUAUUUGUGAUGAAGAAACAGUAAUGCUAUCAAGUUAGCUUUAAGUGUCACUAGAGUGUGAUGUUGACACAAACAUUUGUUGUACUUUUUGAUGUGGCAGGUCUUAAGUUUUGUAUACAUUGAACAGCUGAGUCAAAUCCAAUAAAUAGUCACAGUUAUAGCAGACUACAACUUCCUCAAGGUCAUGACAUUUCUCAGAGAUACUAUUAUAUUGUCCUAAUAUUUCACAUCUAUAUGUAAAUUUGAUGUUUGCACUUAUCUCAGUGAGACGUAGUACUGACAGUCAACCUGCCAAGGUUGUCUAUAAGAUCGCUAUAUUUGUGCUCUGACCGUCUGCUACAGUCUACUAUAGUGAGUAAACUAAAGAUCUAAAAUUGUGUUUAAUGUAAAAUGUGAGAAUUGAGUAACCCUGAACACAAACACAUACACACACCCUCACAGCUAAAAUGUGUCUGAAAAAUGAACCAGUUAAAUUAAAACUACCAAUUAGUCUAUUUCAUUUGUAGUAUUAUCUUACACACUGUUGUCAAGGGCAUUGGAAGUAUCAUGCAUUAGUUUUAAAAUAUGUUUAAAUAUAUAUACUAGGCCAUUGUGUAAAUUUUAAUCUCAGGAUUUUGUAUUAGGACCAUCUAACCACCUGCAUUAAAGUGCCUGCAUGAUGCUUAGUGUCUAUUCAUAAUCAGUUCAUGUUCCAUGAUAUAGACCUCACAGUAUGCUGCAGACAGAGCUGAGAAACAACUCAACAGCACUAUGAAUAUAAAAAAAUGCUGUUUGUUUUGUACAAAAUGUGUAGUAUUCAAUGUGCAGCUUUUUCUCUGACAGACUGUGCAGCUUCAGGUUGUGAACAUUUAAUAUAAUGUUAAAGGCAAAGUUACCUACACAUACAUUUUGGAAUAGUAUUAUUUAAAAGAAACUAUUUAGAAACAGUUUACCCCAUUAAGUGUUGGCUUGUGUGUCUGUCCAGUUGUAUUUGUUACUGACUACUCGUCCACUAUGAAUUUUUGUGUUGUGGAAGGCUUUGGUUUCUCAUGUGAUUCUUGUCGUCCCCAUAAGGAAAAUUUACUCCAUAUGUAAUUGAAGUGUGCAUUCAUAUAGUGCUGUGUCAGUAAUAUUGCCUCAGCGUUUGUAUGCAGAUAGCAGCACGUUUGUGCUGCCUCUUAAUACCUAUGUGCUGUUAAAAGUGCAGAAUAAAACCUGUUUUAUACUGGC